AUGAAAAUUAACAUAAUUUUCUCUUACAUUUUCCUUUUGUUUACUUCCAUCUCUGCUUACACUUACUUGGAUUAUAUCAAACCAAAUCUCACUGCUUCAUAUCUUCAAUUGAUUGAUGACUCUGGCUCCUUCUUAUUGUCUCCCAAUAAAACAUUCAAGGCUUCUAUAUUCAAUCCCGGUGGUCAACAAACCAGUUUCUAUCUGUGUGUCAUUCAUGUUGCGUCAAGCACUAUCAUUUGGUCUGCUAACCGGAAUGCUCCCAUCUCUAAUUCUGGUAAAAUGAGUCUAACCGUCAAAGGGAUUACAGUUGCAGAUAAAGAUGGAAACACCAAAUGGUCAACACCACCAUUGAAAUCACGAGCAUAUAAGCUUGUACUGACUGAGAUGGGAAAUCUUAUUUUACUUGAUCAGUCCAACGAUUCUCUUUGGGAGAGCUUCCAAUAUCCAACUGACACAAUUGUCAUUGGACAACGUUUGCCGGUUGGAGCAUCGCUGUCAAGUGCUGCAUCCGAUUCAGACUUGUCAACUGGAAACUACAACCUGACAAUUACUGCCUCUGAUGCAAUACUGCAAUGGUAUGGACAGACAUACUGGAAACUAUCGACGGCUACAAACGUCUAUAAGAAUUCAAAUGAUAUGGUGGAAUACAUGGCAAUAAACAGAACAGGUUUUUAUCUCUUUGGACAUGAUGGUAUAGUGGCUGUCUUUCAUGUGGGCUUGCCACUAACCAAUUUUCGAAUUGCAAAGUUGGCUCUCUCUGGCCAGUUUACUAUUAGCAGCUUUUCUGGCACUGACUGGAAGAAGGAAUUUGUGGGGCCAGAUGACGGUUGUCAAACUCCCUCAGUUUGUGGCAGAGUAGGUUUAUGUGCUGAUGACACUACAUUAUCUACACCUGUUUGCUCUUGUCCCUCAAACUUCCGUGUAGACUCAGGUAAUUUUGGUGGUUGUGUGCCAAGCAAUGGAUCUUAUUCUUUGCCAUUUGCUUGUGGUUCUACUGAUUACCAUAGUCAAUCAAAUUCUUCAGUUGUUUCGUUUUUGAAACUAGGGUAUGGUCUGGAGUACUUUCACAAUUUUUACUCUGAUCCAAUUAUGUAUGGAGUGAAUUUAUCUGUCUGUCAAAGUCUUUGUUCCAGUAACUGUUCCUGCUUGGGAUUUUUCUAUGAAAAUGCAUCUGGUUCUUGUUACAUGAUCGAAAAUGAGUUGGGAUCCAUUCAGUCAAGAGAUGCAGGUGAAAGAGACAUGUUGGGCUUCAUUAAAGCUAUUGUUGGUGUAUCUAAAAUUACUAAUGAUGAACAAACUUAUUCUCAAGAGGGUUUUCCCGUGGCUGCUGCCGUGAUGUUACCUAUUACUGGAUUCGUUCUUUUUAUGGUACUAUUUUUCUUCUUGUGGAGAAGAUUGAAACUGUCAAAGAUGCAAGAAGUUAAAUUAGGGAAAGCCAGCUCACAUUCUUCAGGGGACCUGGAUGCCUUCUUCAUUCCGGGCUUACCUACAAGGUUUGACUAUGAGGAACUUGAGGAGGCUACGGAUAAUUUUAAGACUCUAGUUGGGUCAGGUGGGUUUGGUGCUGUGUACAGGGGUGUACUGUCUAAUAAUACGGUUGUGGCUGUAAAGAAACUUGUCAAUAUAGGCAUUCAAGGGAAAAAAGAUUUUUGCACUGAGAUUGCUGUUAUUGGAAAUAUUCACCAUGUUAAUUUGGUCAAACUGAAAGGUUUUUGUGCUCAAGGGAGACAUCGUAUGUUGGUUUAUGAGUACAUGAAUCGUGGAUCCCUGGAUCGCAUCCUGUUUGGUGGUGGACCCGUUUUAGAAUGGCAAGAGAGGCUUGAUGUGGCACUUGGAACAGCACGUGGACUUGCUUACCUGCACGGUGGCUGUGAGCUGAAGAUAAUUCAUUGUGAUAUCAAACCCGAGAACAUUCUUUUGCAAGAUAACUUUCAGGCUAAGAUAUCUGAUUUUGGACUCUCGAAAUUCCUUAGCCCUGAAGAGUCUGGUUUAUUCACAACAAUGAGAGGCACUCGUGGUUAUCUUGCUCCAGAGUGGCUUACAAACUCUGCAAUUUCAGAAAAGACUGAUGUCUAUAGUUUUGGAAUGGUGCUGCUCGAACUGAUCAGUGGAAGGAAGAAUUGUUUUUUUAGGUCAAGAAGCCAUAGUGUAGAUGACAGCAACAGUGGUCGAGGCCAUUCACCAACCUCAUCAACAACUGGAUUGGUUUAUUUUCCUCUAUUUGCUUUAGAGAUGCAUGAACAAGGGAGUUACCUGGAGUUGGCUGACCCAAGGCUAGAAGGACGGGUUACAAAUGAUGAGGUGGAGAAACUAGUUCGCAUUGCCUUGUGCUGUGUUCAUGAAGAACCACCACUUAGGCCAAAUAUGGCUACUGUUGUUGGCAUGUUGGAAGGUGGGACUCCAUUGCCGCAGCCAAGGAUGGAAUCUUUGAACUUCCUGCGCUUUUAUGGCCGUAGGUUUACUGAGGCUUCCAUGAUUGCAGAGGAAAAUGAGUCUGGCUCUAUGAUGCAUCAACAAGCACGUAAUUCUACAAGCAUGACAAGUGGUUCACAAACUGGUUUUUCUUACAUAUCUUCACAAAAUAUCUCAGGGCCAAGAUAG